CAGCGCCGGGGGCGUAUAAAAGCGGCGGCGGCGGCAGUGUGGGGGGCGCGCGGAGCUGGGCCGGGUCGGGGGUGUCGGGGUUGCUGGUUGGGGGCUGGUCUCGUCUGGAGCGCGGCCGCCUGCCAUGGAGCUACCGGACCUGGGCGGGCCCUGCUCGGAGCCCGCCUGCCGGCGUUGGGACUUUCUUCCUCUGAAGUGCAAUGCCUGUGGGGAAGCUUUCUGUAAAGAUCACAUCCGAUAUGAUGACCACAAGUGUAGGUCUGCCUACAAAAAAAAUGCGCAGGUUCCAGUGUGCCCACUGUGUAAUGCACCUAUCCCAGUACGGAAAGGGGAAACACCAGAUGCUGUGGUUGGAGCCCACAUUGAUAAGAACUGCAAAUACAAUCCAGCUCAGCAAAAACAGAGGAUCUUCACAAACAAGUGCUUAAAGCCUGGCUGCAAAAGGAAAGAGCUGAUGAAGGUAGUCUGUGAACAGUGCAAUGGAAACUUUUGUAUAAAACAUCGGCAUCCUCUGGAUCAUGACUGUAAGGGGAGCAGCCACCCCAUCUCCAAGGCUGGGUAUGCAGCUCUGAUGAGAGCCUCUGAAACUGCCUUAAAAUCAACAGGAGUAAUUGGAAUGCCCUCUAAUGGGAGUCUUCAGCACAACAGGUAUAAGCUGCAGCAUGAGAAAAACCAAGGAUGACUUAAAUAGUCUUGUGUCAACACACUUAUGAGUGCCACUGUUAGAUUUGUGUAUUUGUAUCUGCUCUAGAGUUGGUAGCUGGCCUUUGAAGAGUGUUGGGAAUGCAGUGGAGGAGAUCUGACAGCAUAAGUUUCUUUCCUCUCUGUACUGUAGCAAUUAAAAUAGCUAUAUAGACACAAGCAUUAGGACAUUGAAUUCUUAUUGUAACAGUAGGCUGAUCUUCCACUUGCUUGGCAUGAGGCCUGGUCAAGCUGUGGAAAAGUGAUAUUUCAACAUAAUGUGGAAAAAAGCAUAGCAAGCAUCUGACUUAAAUGGCCCAAACCCUUCCCUGCAAAGGUGUAUAUCCUUGUGUCUAACAGUGUAACUCCUUUAGUGUAUUCUUAUGUC